AUGCUUCUGCUAUUAUCUAUUAUCGUUUACUAUGCCAUUCUAAUAAUCACAUACUGCUCUCCAAAUUUAAAGGAUUUCAUGAAGUUUUACGAUGUUCUUCUAGAAUACCUGCUUCUGAGAUACCCGUGGAUUCUUAUGAUGCUAUUCUAUAGCCAACUCCUUGUGAUACGUCACAAUCCUCACCUUCGUCCACUGUACUUCAUUCAAACCUCAGUUUUCAUUCUUGCAUACAUUUCCAGCUUUUUCAUUGGUAGAAAAAGUUUCAAUUGA